CCUCCCUAGGACUCGCUUUGUGGUCUGAGAUCGUUUUCCUGUGAUCCCCCUCCCCAACCCAACCAUUCCCCCUUCUUAGUUCUUCCCCAACAUUCCACAAUGAUUCAAUUAGAGGCACCCGUGACCUCUCACUCCAUGUCAAGAUCAUCUAAAUAUAGCAUCGCUUUUUCCACCUAAAAUGAAAAGGCAGCAGCAGUUACUACUAAGCACUAAUUCCCAAGUAGUACUGAUAUAUAUAUAUAUAUAUACACAACCAAUUUACGAGCCAGCUUAAUGCACUUCCUAACCCCAAAACAACAUUCCUUAGUACGGCUUUUUUCCUUCUUUUUCUUUUCUCCUCUUCUCGAUCUCAUUCUCAUUCUGUAGAGAUCAAUCGAUAUGCCCACUUCUAAACUUCUUGUACAUUCUAUCAUUUUCAUUCUUCUGAGCUAUGGAAGCAAUACAGUAGUAUGCCACACCAAAGGCAUUAGGCCAAAAAGAACAGCUUCAGGGAAGCUAUUUGCAGUGAAUAUGACCCAAGUCCAAUACUCUGAACAACAAUUCAUGAAGUGGGUAAACUUUGUUGGCAGCCUCAAUCACUCUGUGUUCAAGACCGCCAAGAAUAAGCUCUUCCCUUCUUACACUCUUACGGUCGACAAAAAUCCAAACUACGGUGACUUUACUACAAUUCAGCAGGCUAUUGAUUCUCUCCCUACUGUUAAUCUAGUUAGAGUGUUGAUCAAGGUUCAUGCGGGUGUUUACACGGAAAAGGUUACAAUACCUCAGCUGAAGUCAUACAUAACCAUACAGGGAGCGGGAGCAGAUAAAACUAUAGUUCAAUGGGGAGAUACAGCACAAACACCCGGAGCAAAAGGCCAGCCUCUUGGCACAUUUGCUUCUGCAACAUUUGCUGUGAAUUCUCCAUAUUUCAUAGCCAAGAACAUCACAUUCAAGAAUACAACUCCAGUACCACCCCCAGGAGCCAUUGGAAAGCAAGCUGUUGCAUUUAGGAUAUCGGCAGAUACAGCAGUUUUUGUGGGUUGCAGAUUCUUGGGUGCACAGGAUACGCUGUAUGACCACGUAGGCAGGCAUUAUUACAAAGAUUGUUACAUCGAAGGCUCUGUGGAUUUCAUCUUUGGUAACGGGCUCUCUUUGUUUGAGGGUUGUCACGUGCAUGCAAUAGCACAGUUAACGGGGGCAGUCACAGCACAAGGGAGAAGCAGCCUGUUGGAGGACACAGGGUUCUCCUUUGUAAACUGUAAGGUCACGGGUUCAGGAGCCCUGUACCUAGGACGGGCAUGGGGACCCUUUUCCAGGGUAAUCUUCGCUUACACAUAUAUGGACAACAUUAUCAUUCCAAAAGGCUGGCAUAACUGGGGUGACCCUAGUCGAGAAAUGACGGUGUUUUAUGGACAAUACAAGUGCAGCGGAGCAGGGGCAAGUUUUGCAGGAAGAGUUUCAUGGUCCAGAGAACUUACAGAUGAGGAAGCAAAGCCUUUUAUUUCGCUUGCCUUCAUCGAUGGUUCUGAAUGGAUCAAAAUAUGAUCAAGAUAACAAACAUACACGAGCUUCUUUUUUUUCUGCUUUUCUUUUUUUGUUCCCUUUUUGGGCCGACAUUGUAAAUCAGUAAUAAGUACUGAGUAAAUGAAUUCGACAUUCUUGCA